UUAUUUACGAACUUAGUACAAUUAGUACCACUUGAUAUAAAAUUAGUUCUGAUAUGAAAGAAACUUUUGAUCAAUUUUCCGUCACGCAAUUACACGUUAUUUUAAAUUUCAAGUUUAAUUUAAUUUUCAAAAGUGUUAACUGCUAAUUUACCUGAAACUCGCGCUCUGUAUUAAAUUAGCUUUAUGUCCGGUCGCAGAGUCACGGUAAGUGUGUGUCAACAUCAACCGAUCAACGUGGCUAUCAUGAGACAGUAGCAGCAAUUAAUCAUACGGCUUGCGGAAAAACAUAAGUAAAUUAAAGAAAAAAUAGUUCAUUAAAUUAUUAUUCAAUAAAAAUGGAAAUUUCACCGGUAUUAAAAGUCACAGCAGGCUUACUGAUGGCUGCUGUGAUGACAAUAUUUUAUAUUAACAAGCCAUCUACGGUAGUUGUACCAAAAUUGCCGAAUACUUGGUGGGGUCCAGGAACGGGAAAUUUACAAGCUGACAAAACUGUCAGACAGUUUGAAAUUUUAUUUACUGAAGCGCAAGUGAAUGACCUGAAAAGCAGAUUGAAAAACACGAGAGAUUUGGCUCGACCUUUGGAAGGUACAGGAUGGACUUACGGAACCAGUGGGACAUUUUUUAAAAAAAAUAUUGUUGAUUACUGGCUGAACAAGUAUGACUUCAAAAAGCGGCUCGCGUAUUUGAACAAGUACGACCAAUUUAAAACAAACAUUCAAGGUCUGGACAUUCAUUUCAUUCACGUGAAACCUAAAAAUACCCAAGGAAAAAAAGUAGUACCUUUGUUAAUUCUCCACGGCUGGCCAGGAUCAGUCAGAGAAUUUUACGAAUUAAUUCCCAUGCUGACUUCUCCACAAGCAGAUCAUGAUUUUGUCUUCGAAGUUAUUGCGCCUUCGUUACCAGGUUUUGGCUUCUCCAGCCCUGCGGUGCGACCUGGGUUGGGUUCCAAAGAAAUGGCUGUUGUUAUGAUGAAUCUGAUGCGCAGACUGGGCUUCGAUAAAUUCUAUACCCAAGGCGGCGACUGGGGAUCUAUCAUAGCCGGACAAAUGGCAACGCUAUUCCCUCAACAUGUCUUGGGGAUCCAUUCAAACUAUUGCUUUCUUGCGGGAUGGAAUACAGCAUUCAAGAUAUUUUUAUACAGCUUCUUUCCGUCAUUAUUGUUACCUGAAGAAGAUCAUCAUCUUCUUUACCCAAUGAAGAAACUUUUCUUCAAAGAACUCUUCGCGACUGGUUACUUACAUAUACAAGCAACUAAACCUGACACUGUUGGAAUUGGUCUGAGUGACUCACCAGCAGGACUAGCCGGUUACGUGCUAGAAAAAUUUUCUUAUGGUUUAGACCCUUCUUACCAAUCCAGAGAUGAUGGCGGAAUUUACGAAAAAUUCACUCCAGACACUUUAAUCGACAAUUUAAUGAUCUACUGGAUUUCGAACAGCAUGACAACGUCCAUGAGACUCUACGCAGAGUCAUUGAAUUCUUUUAGUAGACUCUCCGAAUUAUCAUGGCCUAUCAAAGUACCCACUGCCUGUGCGCAAUUUCCACACGAGUUAUUUUAUUACCCUCCGAAAUUGCUUCAAGACAAAUACCUCAAUCUAGUCCUAGUGACGAGGAUGCCUCAAGGAGGACAUUUUCCAGCGCUAGAAGAACCAAAACUCUUGUCCGAUGAUAUUUGGAAAUUUACAGCGGCUAUAUUUAACUCUACCAAAUUACCAGAAACCAAAAAAGAUGAAUUUUAACAUCACAGUAAUUAUUAUUAAGUUA